AUGAAUUGGCUCAAAUCGACUCUCUCCGCCGUAGUGGGCACCGAAGAGCCUAUCUAUGGCCCGGAAGCUAUCCAGUCUGUUGCGAAGCAGACCGAGACCACUCCCUUCACCAAUGUGGACAAGGAGAUCUUGCGCUGGCGCGCAUACUCCUAUACCAAUGUCGAGACCCAGACUUUCUACAUCAUGGCCGACAACGGAACUGUAGUUUUCGUCCAAGUUAUCUACAGCAACAUCGUUGGAAUCCACACCACCGCCCAGUUCAACGUGAAGAUUUUCGACCUCAGCGGAAAGGGUGACAACAAGUGGUUCUCGGACCCGCUCUCCAACUUCAUGUUCGACGAGAGCAUGACCUCCUUCGGUGCUGACAACUUGUCCCUGACCCUCAACGAGGAGGGCAAUGCCUACAACAUCAAGUCUACCGUCAACAGCGGCAGCAAUGUAGACCUCAAGUUCACCCAGACCGCGCCUGGCUUCGUUGUCGGCAAGGACGGAACCUCCUACUUCGGCACCGACCCCAAGAACCCCUGGGGCUCCAUGCGCCAUGCCUUCUGGCCCCGUUGCUCCGUCGAGGGCAGCAUCGCUACCAAGGACCAGACUUACGACCUGACCGGUCGUGGUGUCUUCAUUAUGGCUCUGCAGGGCAUGAAGCCUCACCACGCAGCCGCUCGCUGGAACUUCAUCAACUUCCAGACCCCCACUUACUCCGCCGUCAUGAUGGAGUACACCACUCCCCCCUCCUACGGCUCUACUAAGGUUAACGUCGGCGGUAUCGUCAAGGACGGCGAAGUCGUCUACGCCGGGGCCACCAACACUGUCGAGCACACAGAAACCGGCCAAGACGAGGGCAGUGACUGGCCUGCGCCCAAGUCCAUCAAGUGGGAGUGGACCGGCAAGACAACUGACGGCAAAGAGCUCACCGCUCAAGUCGACGGUGCUCUUGGCCCUCGUCUGGAUCGCAUCGACGUGAUGGCCGAGGUGCCGGGCUUCAUCAAGAGCAUUGCUGGCAGUGUCGCCGGUACCAGGCCCUACAUCUUCCAGUACUCGCCUCAGCAGAAGCUCUCCUUGAAGCUGAAUAUUGGUGGCGAGGAGAUCACCGAGGAGGGAACCAUGUUCUCCGAGUCCACUUUCAUCUCCUAG